GUCCUCGAGACCGCUCCUAGUGACGGGAGGGGUCCGGCCACAGCUCCCCGUUUGGUCGGCGCCGGGGCUGCGGGCAGCGAAGGACGGCCAAUAGGCUGCGCGUUCCCGGCCACGCCCGCGCGCGCUCUCUUCUCGCGAGGCCUGCUAGGCCCGAAUGUCGUUAGCUGUGUAGAAAGAUGGCGGAAAAUUUAAAAGGCUGCAGUGUAUGUUGCAAAUCAUCCUGGAAUCAGCUUCAGGAUCUGUGCCGACUGGCCAAGCUUUCUUGUCCUGCCCUUGGUGUUUCUAAGAAGAAUCUUUAUGACUUUGAAGUCGAGUACCUAUGUGAUUAUAAGAAGAUCCGUGAACAGGAGUACUACCUGGUUAAGUGGCGUGGAUACCCUGAGUCAGAGAACACCUGGGAGCCACGCCAGAAUCUCAAAUGUGUGCGCAUUCUCAAGCAGUUCCACAAGGACUUAGAAAGAGAGCUUCUCCGGCGGCACCGCCGCUCCAAGCCACCCAGGCAUCUGGACCCAAAUUUAGCCAACUACCUGGUGCAGAAGGCCAAGCAGAGGCGGGCACUGCAGCGCUGGGAGCAAGAGCUCAAUGCCAAGCGCAGCCACCUGGGACGCAUCACCGUGGAGAAUGAGGUAGACCUGGAUGGCCCUCCGCGGUCCUUUGUCUAUAUCAAUGAGUAUCGUGUUGGGGAGGGCAUCACCCUCAACCAGGUGGCUGUUGGCUGUGAGUGCCAGGACUGUCUGUCGGCACCCACUGGAGGCUGCUGCCCUGGAGCGUCCCUGCACAAGUUUGCCUACAAUGACCAAGGCCAGGUGCGGCUGAAAGCUGGUCAGCCCAUCUACGAGUGUAACUCCCGAUGUUGCUGUGGCUAUGACUGCCCUAACCGUGUAGUCCAGAAAGGCAUCCGCUACGACCUCUGCAUCUUCCGCACUGAUGAUGGGCGAGGCUGGGGUGUCCGCACGCUGGAAAAGAUCCGCAAAAAUAGCUUUGUUAUGGAGUAUGUGGGAGAGAUUAUUACCUCAGAGGAGGCAGAGCGGCGGGGCCAGAUCUACGACCGCCAGGGCGCCACCUACCUCUUUGACCUGGACUACGUGGAAGACGUAUAUACCGUGGAUGCCGCCUAUUAUGGCAACAUCUCUCAUUUUGUCAACCAUAGUUGUGAUCCCAACCUGCAGGUGUACAACGUAUUCAUAGACAACCUUGAUGAGCGACUACCCCGCAUCGCAUUCUUUGCCACAAGAACCAUCUGGGCGGGCGAAGAGCUCACCUUUGAUUACAACAUGCAAGUGGACCCCGUGGACAUGGAAAGUACCAGAAUGGACUCCAACUUUGGCCUGGCUGGGCUCCCUGGCUCCCCCAAGAAACGGGUCCGUAUUGAAUGCAAAUGUGGGACAACAGCUUGCCGAAAAUACCUCUUCUAGCCCUGAGAAGUUUGAGGCCACAUUAACUGAAGGGUCCUGAAGCCACCUUCCUCUCUACUGCUGCCCUCUUGUCAAGAAUGACCAUCAGAGCCUUGUCUGCCUCCACUUGUCCUCAUCUGCCCCAACCUAUUCCCUCCCUGCUCCAGGGUCAGGGCUAUGGUGAGGACUGACUCUGGGUACCCUUUCUCUCUUCCUUUCCCCUGUCCCAGGCCCAUCAGGCAUUGCACUUACAACUCCUAGCCACAUUUUCAAAAGUAUAUUUUUCACAUCAGGAUUCCCUGGAGUUGGGAUUCAUGUUUGUCAUGGAGGUCCAAAGGGUGAGCAACUCAACCCCAGAAUAGAAAGACUUUUUUUCUGGAUAGCAUCUCUGCAGCUCUGUGUAGUUCAGGCUGGUGUUGGACUCUUAAUCCUCCUGUCUCAGCUUUCCUCCUGCUGAGUG